CUCGCCGCCGGGCAGGGGCUGCGCAUGCGCACUGGCGAGCAGCGGAGAAAAACAAGAGCCUGUACUGACUGCACUGGCGAGCUGCUGCAGCUAGCUGGCUAACAACAUGUGCACAUGUGUGGUUAUCAUCAACAAGCCUUACUGGCCUGGAAACUCUGUUACGUCCAGAACUUUUCUCCACAUAAAUCAGAUGUGAUCCUCUAUGGAAUACCACAGGGAAAAAAAUAUUUUUUCUUGCUAUAUAAAAAAAUAAUUAUUGCUGAAAGAUAGCUAUUCCAUUAUUUACCUACCAACAAUUAAAAAAUCGUCCAUCUUCAUCAGAAUAAAUAGUACACGGGAAAACACAAAACUGCUGCUGUUGCUAAGCAACGGCGUCCUCCGCCUGUACAGGAGAAACAUGGCUGAAAGACCCACAUCAGCGCCUCAGCGGCCCAAAAAGCCCCAGUCACCCUGCUCUCAGAAACCCCCAAUGGCCAGACCUGUGAACCGACCUUCUACUGCUCCACAAAAGAAACCUCCUGCAAUUGAUCUGCUGGCAAAAGAAGAAGAAUACAAACGACUUAAUGCUGAACUGGAGGCAAAAACAGCUGAGCUGGUGCGACAAGCAGAAGAAGUUAUGAGAGAACAAAAUGAAGUGCUCUCCAAACCUGUCUCUACUCACUUGAGCAUCAGCAUUUCUGAAGAUUAUGAGGAUGUGGGGUACAUAGACACCUUGUUUGCUGUGAAGAAACCUACUGCAAAGGCAGUGACAGACAAAAAGUCUAUAAAAGCAACAAGGCCAAGUAGACCUCCCUCAGGCCAUAAAAAGAUAUCACAGAAAACGAAACCUACUAUGGUCGAUGAUGUUGCAGUACCUGAUGAUUUUGGGGAUUUCUCACUGGCUAAAACAAUAAGCAACAUUGAAGGCAGAGUGAGCGAAGAUGUUACAGAUGAGCAUCUGGAGGAUGACAUCAUGCCAAGCGUUGGGGAGGAGAUGGGUGCAGAGUCUCAGAUUCGCUUCUUAAAGGCUAAACUACGAGUGAUGCAGGAAGAGCUCAACAGACUUUCACAUGAGUGCAACAAAAAGGAUGAUGAGAACGGAGUACUUAGCAGCAAGUUGAAGGAGGUGGAAGACGAGCGAUUAAGACUGCAGAAAACAACCAGCGUGCAGCAGACUCAGCUAGAGAAGCACAGAGCCUUGGCUGAAGAGGCUAACAGAAAUUGUGAUGGCCUGCGGCAUCAAGUGGGGGCAUUACAGAAGGAGCUGGAGGGCAUGAAGAGGGCCCAGAAGCAAGCUUCCAGCAGCCACAGCGCUAUGGAAGUGAGGUUGAACAGAGCUUUGGAGGAGGCAGAGAAGAGCAAGGCUCAACUUGGCAAAAUUAAACAGAGCAGCAAGGACUCUGCAAAUCAGGAGCAGCAGAGGAUUGAAAUGCUGCAGGCUGAGAACAAAAAACUGGAGAAACAGAAGGCGGAACUAAUCAUUGGAUUCAAGAAGCAGCUUAAACUAAUUGAUAUUUUAAAAAGGCAAAAGAUGCAUUUUGAAGCAGCAAAGAUGUUAUCCUUCACAGAAGAGGAGUUCAUGAAAGCACUGGACUGGGGCAAACCGUAGAUCAUUCAGAGAAACUGUAUCAUGCACUGUGAAUCAUUUUGUUGAAUGAUUCACAAAAGAAAAUACUGAGUUCAGUUUUUUUAGUCAUUAGACCUGAUAAAAUGGCUUUGUCAACUUUCUCUUAACUAUUACUUGACUGCCCUCUAGAGGGUACAUCUGGUAAUUGUUUUUGCUUUUAUUUCUCAAAUUGCUUUUAUACUAGAUUACUGUUCUUCUAAUACUUAAUUGUUGAAAUAAAAUAAAGUCUUUUUUUUUUCAAAAACACA